CGACAACGCGGACGCACAGGCCGCCGUUCAGGCGCGCAGUCGUGACGGCUGCUCCGUCCCGCCCCCGCCGGGUGUCCGACGUGGAAGUUGCUGGCGGACCAGGCUUCCAAGGAAACCGCCUCCCAGCCGGAGCGGGAGGCCGAGGCGAGUGGAGGCGGCGGCAUUCGGGCUCGAAAAAGAGUCGCUGCGGAGGCCGCGACCUGUCUCUGACGAUCGACGAGGGCGGACAGGCGGCUCAUCAUGGGUGGCUUUUUCUCAAGUAUAUUUUCUAGUCUGUUUGGAACCCGGGAAAUGAGGAUUUUAAUUUUGGGAUUAGACGGAGCAGGAAAAACUACGAUUUUGUACAGAUUACAGGUUGGAGAAGUCGUUACUACUAUUCCUACCAUUGGAUUUAAUGUUGAGACGGUAACAUACAAGAACCUUAAAUUCCAAGUCUGGGAUUUAGGAGGACAGACAAGUAUCAGGCCGUACUGGAGAUGUUACUAUUCAAACACAGAUGCAGUCAUUUAUGUAGUAGACAGUUGUGACCGAGACCGAAUUGGCAUUUCCAAAUCAGAGUUAGUUGCCAUGUUGGAGGAAGAAGAGCUGAGAAAAGCCAUUUUGGUGGUGUUUGCAAAUAAGCAGGACAUGGAACAGGCCAUGACUCCCUCGGAGAUGGCAAAUUCACUUGGGUUACCUGCCUUGAAAGACCGAAAAUGGCAAAUAUUCAAAACUUCAGCAACCAAAGGCACUGGCCUUGAUGAGGCAAUGGAAUGGUUAGUUGAAACGUUAAAGAGCAGACAGUAAUUCAAUCACUUCUACUCCUCUGAAAUGAAGACCACAUCAUAUAUCCUUUUGGAAACAGUUAAGUGUGCUUCACACUACUAAAUGUUAGAACUGUUUGUGAUUGUUGGCAUAUACUGAACUGACCGCGACAUUUGUAAUAAAUAUAAAAAAUAAGUAUUUGGUUGGAAGGGUAACUCAUUGUGAUGGAACCAACUGAAUGGUCUGUAUAAUGUAAAGUAUUCCUUUCUUGCUUUCUUGUGUUAAGGUAUAUAUUCUAUUUGUGUGGAAUUCUUAUUCAAAUACCAUCCUAUUAAAGUAUGUACUCUUAUUAAGGAAAAUAACCCUCCUAUUUUUGAAUUAGUGGUUGUAGCUCGUUUGUAUAAACACUAAUAAAUAUCUUAAGAUUUUUUCCCCCCUAAAAUGAAUUAAGUUUUUCCAAAAAUUAGACUAAUAGAGUAGGUUAGGUCUUCAUUUGCUUAAUGACCAGUUUGUUUAACUGUUUUGUUUAAGAGCUUUUGGUUAUAGGCAUGAAGUUGAAGUAAUUAUUUUGGUGGUUAAUUUCACUGACUUAUCUGUAAUUGUCAUUUUAUAGUACUUUAUAGUUUUCAGAAAAUUUUUACAUAUAUUGACCUAGUUGAUUUGUAUAAGAACCCUGUGAUGUAAGUAGGACAGAUUGUAAUGUCUUCAUUUUAUGGACGUGUGGAAUCUUGGGUUCUGAUAAGUUAGCUUAUCUAGCUGCUAGUGAGGUGGGAGCUGGGCUCCGAAAGGUAUUUCAGGGUUAGGAGCUUGUCCCAUAAACUACACUAUAUAAGUUUCUGAAAAUGCCAACUUGGGCAACACAGACAGCCUAACUCCUUAAAAAAAAUUAUGCUAAUUGAAGUAGUGUACAUUCAAAAUAAUGUCUAUAAAUUUAUUUGUCCAUACUAGUAGAGGUAGUAAAAACAAUCCUAAAUUGUUGUAUUUGAUGAAUUCACAACACUUUAGAGAAAUAAUUCACAAUGAAGGAAAUAAAAAAGGAUCUAUUUUAAGAAGCACUGUAAAAGAUGUCCUUGCUGUCUUUUAUUCCUUUAACCUACUUGUAACUGGACCUGUAAAUUUGGUGAAAAGCCAAAAUCUUUUUGGUUCUACAGGGAGAAAUUAAGCAUUUUUGGUUUUAAAAAUUAGGCUUACUGCUAGGCUAUCGAAAAGAAUUACGUUCAAAGGAACUUUUCCAACUGCCCAGUCUACCCCAGGAUUGGCUACAGUGUGACAGAAGUAAAUAUAGUCCUUAGUAAUUACUAAAAUUAGGGAGAAUUUUUUUCAUUUUUUAAGUUGGACAACCAGCAUUUAAAAAAUUAGAUGCCGGUGAAGUGAACUUAAUACCAUUGUGACAGUGACCCUCAGGUCUCAGGAACAGCAGGGGUUCAUUUCCUGUCCCUGCCAUUGUCUUCCAGAUGUAGGCCUCUGGCCUCUCUCCCCCCUCACACUUGGUCAUUCUCUCAGCUCACAUGAAUGUGGCUUUCUCUUUUCGUUGGUGGGAUUUUUACUCUUCUUACUUAUUCCCCAGCAGUCAUUCCUAAUUUGGUCUUUUUGUGUCAAGUGGCAAAGUCGUCUCUGGCAGUUGAGGAUCACUGAGAACAGAAGACGGGGGAGUGGGGUCCUGGCAGGCAGGUAGCCCUGUGUGUAGCCCCUGCUAAACCCUGAGGGGGUCACUUGGAUAACACUGAUCUGUCUGGUUUGUCACCAGUAGGAUGGGCUAAAUAGAGCGGACACUUAUUUUAAUAUGGAACAAAAGGUUCUUGUCUAGCAGGAAACAACUAUGCAGGUGUGUUGCAGGAGUUUGAAUGUUGAUGUUUAUAAAAAUCUACUGAGUAUUGUCUUGUGAGAAGCCUGAAAAUGGAAAAAGCACCAAACUUGAAAUCAGAACACAUGAGUUCUAGGCACGAAUGGCUACUCCUUCAGUUUUUUCUUGUUUUUUUUGGUUUUUCCUCUUUCUCUAAAACAAGAGACUUGGACAAAUUAUAUCAAAGGUUUGUUUUAGCUCUAACACUAUUUUAUAACUUUAUAGUUGUGCUAUGUUACACGAUCACAAUGAAAAAUUGAGAGUGGUGGAAUUCUGUUAUUAGAAUACCUGAGAUGCACUUUAAAUUGUGGAAAUGUAAGCUCCUUGAGGGCAGGGACCAACUUUAUUUACUGUUAGUAUCCCUUGCAUCUAGUGUGGUGCACCUGGGACAUAGUAGGCACUCAAUAAAUAUUUACUGAUUAAAACAAAGCUAUGCUCAGUAUCCCUGAGAUAUCUGUUAUAAUUUUUGCCUUAAUAUUAACUUCUAUUUUUUUUAUUUUUUAAUUUUUUAUGAAAGCAAUACAUGUACUUUAAAUCACUUAGAAUUGAAAUUGGCCUUUCAAGAUGCCCCAUAUUUAUCUGUUUGGCACAUUACAAACUCCUGGUAGUAUGAGAACUCCUGUUUGAGACAAACUACAUCAAGACACAGAUGCUGAAGUUAUGAAAUGUUUGAACAUUUGAUUCCUAUGCUAUGUGCUGUAAUUACAUAACUACAUAUUUACAAAUUCUAAGAGCCUAAUUACAUAAUUACAAAUUCUAAGAGCAAGGGCUUUCAAUCCUGGGUUUGAAUCCUGAUUAUGCUACGUACAAUCUAUGUUACCCUUAAGUAAAUUAUUUAAUCUGA